UAUGGCGGAGUUCUAUGGCAGUAGUGCCAACUAUGAAUCUCAGGCAAAAAUGAGUUUCAGAGCGUUUGAAAUAGCACCAGUGAUCGAGCGAAUAGUGACUACUUCUGCAGAUAGACCAAAAACGGUGGAGUGCCUUGAUUGUGCAGCCCAGAAUUUAUACAUUGGUACAUCAGAUUGUUUUGUCCUGAACUAUGUGAUUGAUGAAGGUGUUUCACCAUUGGGAAAGACAACAUUUCAGUCAAGACUUCAAGCUUGUAAACAUCUUGGAAUGAAAAAGCCAAUACAACAAGUUUUGACUGCUCCGGCAAUAAACAGACUUCUAGUUCUGUGUGAUGGUAGUAUUUUGAUGUUUACUAUGUUUGGCAUGGAGUUUCUGGCCACUGGAUUUAAGGACAGAUUUAAAGGGGUGACAGCUAUUUGUAGAAAUGAUAAUCCAAAUAUGUUUGACCCAUUUGCUGUUGAGGUGUGUAUGUCACUUUCCAAAAAGAAAGCCAUCCACAUUCUCUCUGUUACUGAAGACAGGAUAACUCUAUUGAAAGAAAUACCACUUCCAGAACCUCCACUGCACAUGGCAGUUGAUGGAGGAUCUGUUUGUGUGGCAUUGGCUAAUCAACACCGUUACUGCUUGGUUAAUAUCCUCUCUGGCAAGGUUCAAGAGUUAUUUCAUUACGAGGCUGAAGUUACUAAAGGACUUGUCAUGGGUGUUGGAAUGGAGGAGUUUUUACUUAAUGGGCCCACAGAUGUCAUGGGCAUGUUUGUUACUUCAGAAGGGACCUCUCAGAGAGCACCACUCAGCUGGUCAGAGAGAUUGCUGGCUCUGGGAUAUUCGUUUCCUUAUGCUGUAGCACUUGGAGCCAACUCCAUUUCUGUUCACAGCAUCAUAGGGCAAGACCAAAAAUCACAGAAGCAGUCACUUAUAUUCAAGGGUGGAAGACUCCUUCUGAAUUACGAUAAUCAAGUGUUUGUUUGUUCUUCAAGAGAAGUCUACUGCUUAGUGCAGCUUUCGUUCAGAAAACAGGUGCAGAUGUUGUUAAACGAGAAAAGAGUAAGUGAGGCUCUUCAGCUCGCUCAUGUCGCCAUGGAAACAGCAACAGGGCCGCAAAGAGAUGAAAAGAUCCUUCAAAGAACGCAACAGCAAGCUGGAUUUAUAUACAUGGCAGAAGGGUACUUUACAGAAGCAGGAAGCCUCAUGAAAGAAGGAGGACUGGAUCCGAGAGAGCUGAUAAUCUUAUUUCCAGACCUCCUCUCUUCUAACUGGAAAUAUCUACCAUCCAGAGAAAUAACAGAGCUGAGUGCUCUUGUGAAAGGUAGUAAGCAGUUUUUGGCGGAGGCCAAGCUAUUCUUGAUGCAGUUCCUUGAAGAAACCAGAGAAUCUGCUGAAGAUUCGGGCUACAAAGAGGAGGUCGACACGGCUCUGGUGAAGUUGUACACACAAAUAAAUUCUCCAGACUUACUAAGGUUGGUGUCUAAUAGAAACGCCUGCACUGUGGCAGAUACCAUCAGUUGCCUUCAAAAACACGAGAGGUACCACGCUUUGGCACUGUUCUAUGACUAUCACAAACAACCUGUGGAAGCGAUAGCUGUUUGGAAAAGACUUAUACAGGAGGAGAUUAGAGAUAGAAACUUCCCGGGGAUAGACUACGUCGCAAAGUAUCUUUCUAGGUUGCAGGAUUCUGAGCUUCUCUGGAACAACGUUCCUUGGCUGCUGGCGAAGAAUCAAGAAAUAGCCGUUAAGGUUUUCACAGACAGACCAACAGAUUAUCAACCCAACGACGAAAAAAUGAAACCAGACUUGAUUGUAGAAUACCUACAGAGAUUUCCUGUUGCUUUACAAUAUUAUCUUGAGUAUCUUGUGUACGACAGGAAAUUCGAGAAAGAGAAGUAUCACACUCAUCUAGCCCUUCUUUAUUUGGAGGAAGUGUUGAAAAUGAGAAGAGAUCCAUCUUGCUCUCUGGGCAAUCUUGAUAAACAAAGAGUGAAACUGCGGGCAAUGUUGGAGUGGUCUUCGCUGUAUCGAGUGGCUCUGUUGCUAUCCAAGAUCAACGAUGAUUCUGACUUAGAUGCUGAAGCCGCCAUUCUUUAUGGAAAGAUGGAGCAGUACAAUAAAGCGCUGAAGAUUUUAGUUUACAAACUUGAGGAUUUCUCUGAGGCUGAAAGGUUCUGUGAGCUACAUUCAAAGGGCAAAGACAGAAACUUUCGUAUGAAGCUUUUCCAAACUUUGUUAGAAGUCUACCUAUCUCCUGAUGAGGACCACGAACCGUUAAUAGCACCAGCGGUUGCACUUCUAAACUCACAUAUGUGUGACUUUGACACAGCUGAGGCAAUGAAGCUGAUUCCUGACGAAUGGUCGAUCGGUGUAAUUUCUCAGUUCCUGUGUGGUUCAGUUCGAUCAAGUCUCCAUAAAAGUCGCACCAGUAAGAUUCUUAGCAGCCUAGCUCGCGGAGAAAACCUCAAGAUGCGAAGUUCGCACAUGAUCUCCCAUAAAGCUAAAUUUUCAGUGACGGAGGAAAAACUAUGUCAAGCAUGUCGGCGGCCGUUUAAUGACCCAGCUGUAGCGCGUUACCCGAAUGGCGUGACGACGCAUAUACACUGCGCAAGAAAUAAGACUGUUUGCCCCGUGACGGGGCAUGUGUUCUCAUCCAAAGAACCGCAUCGGGACGAGGUCAAUAAAGACGACGGAGUAUGAGGGUGCUAGGAAUAAAACGAAAUAUCAGAAACUCAUCGCACUUGGGGUAUUAACAGCGUAAAAACUUGCUGGAGAAAUGAUGGAAAUUGUGCUGAAAUGUGCAGCGUAGCUAACAAAGGGGGAAGUAAUGGCCAUUUUGUCAGGCAUCGAGCAUUCCACUUUAGGAAGCUGACAUUUUUACCAUAGUCUGUUGCGUUUUGACUUUGUAUAUAUCUCCAGAAUAUUUUAAAGCUUUUGAAGAGAAGUGAAAACAUAUUUUUAUAUAAUUUCUGUACGUGAUAUAGAGGAAGCCUAGCUCUCGACAAUAGGUCGAGGUGUAAAUUGGUUGAGAAAAAGAAAGGAAGACAUAAGAAAAGAGAAAAAUUAUGAAGUGAUGAUGUUCGAAGCCAUAACAUGGAAAAAGAGACUGACGUUUCUGGAGCGACGAAGGCGAAGACGUAGAAAAAUUAAUAAUUAUGCGAGUUACGUGGAUGAAAGGGAAAUACGAUCUGGCUUUGAAAAAUCUAUGAUUUGAAACGACCUAUUUUGUGAAUAAGCGCUAAAUGUCUGUACAGGUAAACGAGAAAAUAGAAUUGUAUUAAACCAUACAAACAUGUAGAAAGAGAAAUGACACUUUUUUCAUGGAUUUACAUACAUUUUUGCACUAAAUGUGACUAUUACUGCCAAACCGCGUUCUAUGACCCCUACCCAUCAAAA